CGCAGUCAUAUCUUUUCUCUCGUAUCGACCACAAGACAUCAGAAUCGGAUUCCACCCAGACUCACGACAUACGGAAAAUUCACAUUCAUCGCCAUGUCUUGCACACUAUCACAACCAAUGUCUCAAUCACACUUCCUGCUGGACCUUCCUCGAGAGCUUCGUGACAUGGUAUACACCAAUCUCUUCUCGUUCAACCACACUUGCAGCAAGAUAAACUCCCGACAGUGCCAGCUGCACUGUAGUACAGGGCGACCAGCCAUAGUGCAUCUUAGUCCGAUCUCCUUCGACUGGCUCAACCUCAUGCACACCAAUGGUGUCAUUGCAGAUGAAAUGCGACAGCUUUAUCACAUUCCCUCCUUACAUAAUACCGCUGCAAAUCAGACAUGGGCUGCGCAGCUCUUCCUCAACAACGACGAAUACAACCUGACAUGGACAAAACUGCCCUGUCCAUCAUCAUGUGUGCGGCAUCUCACCAUCGACUUUAAAAUCAACUUCACUCUCGCAAAAUUCGGACACUGGGAUAAUGACAGGAAAGACAGACCGAGCACAGUCUUCCAGGCCGUCCUUGCGUUGCUUAACCAAAUCAUUCAGUAUGGUCCGAACAUCACUGUCUCAGAUACCUUGAAGCGACCAAUCGCGUUGGAGACCCUCGUUCUCAAUAUCUCAUUCGUCGACGAAGAAAAGCCACAUCUGAUGUCAUCUGGUCCCGAGAGUAUCUACAUCCUAGGAUAUGGAAAGCGUCGUGUUUUCAAUCGAUUGAUCGAGGAUAUUGUCACAGCUUGUGGAAACCAUGUGUUGGAGGAGAAAGUCAGAAACAUUAGAAUACAAGGACCGAAGAGUUUAGGGUCGCCGAAGACAGACAUCGCGAUGGAUGAAAGCAAAGACCGCUAAUUGAUGAGCGCGCGUAACCAGAUGUUUCUGGUCAGAACAUCAAUAGCAACUUUGGCAGAGGCAGAUAUUAUUAUUAAGUGUUGGGAAUCGCCAGGCGUGGCGUACAUGUAAUCGUCGUGAUUCUUAUUCCAUAAUACUAACUCUGGCUUCAUCAACACGGUUGUAUAGUGUAGCGGUUAGCACGCGAGAUUUUGAUCACUUUUCGAAGUUUCUCGAGUC